AUGUACACGUUCCAGGGCAAUGAUACAUGUGCUUGUCAAUGGCUUUGGUUGAUCGAGAAAUCUGUGCGGCAUCAUGAAGAUGCACCUACCCUAGUGGGAACGCACUGGAGAUUCAAUGUGGAGCAACCGUUUCAGCUGCCUCCGUCUGAUGAUUUUCAUCCUGCGAUGUUGCGUCGUUUCCAAGCUCUGCCAGACAGUCCUGAAAGUCACCCUGUUCGGUUGCGUUUUGCAACGGCCAAUGUCAUGAACAUGUUUCCUGGACAAGAUUUCGCUUCGGGUUAUUUGGGCGCUCGUGCUGAAGCCUUAGCUGAUCAGUUCAUGAAUGAACGUCUUCAUGUCAUUGGUCUUCAGGAGACUCGUGCUCGGAUGACCGGGCACUCGUUCUUUCAACAGUUUCACGUUCUUUCUGGCCCAGCGACUGCACGUGGACAAGGUGGAGUUCAACUUUGGUUGCGCAAAUCCAUCCCCACAUCUGAUGGAACCAUUGAGAUCGAUACGACUGAUCUUCGUAUCUUGCAUGCCACCUCGCGCCGUCUGUUGGUCCGAUGGGCACAUCCUGGAUGCAAACUUCUCUUCUUGGUGGUGCAUGCACCUUCGGAUGAUGAAGAGGACGUCCUGCAGACGUUUUGGGACGCCACGACUGCAGCAAUACCUGCUGCCUAUCGUCAAUGGCCAAUGGUUCUGCUGACCGAUGCCAACAGUCGGGUUGGCAGUGUGACAUCCCCCUGCAUUGGUCCACAUCAAGCUGAUGAUGAGAACGGCAAAAGUGCUCAAUUUCACACGUGGCUCGCCAACCAUGAUCUUUUUCUGCCUCAGACCUUUGCGGAGUGUCAUGAUGGACCGGCUCCCACUUGGACACAUCCCAAAGGCACAUCAGCUCGGUUGGACUACAUUGCAGUUUCCAACAACUUUCCACAUGAUGGCGUGUCGACAUGGGUCAGCACACACAUUGAUUUGGCUCUUCAUCGCCGUGAUCAUGAUUGUGUUUGUGCUGAGCUUCAGCUUGAGUUCUUCCCAGCUGACAGAAGACCUCGUCACACUCGUGGAAGCAAGGUGCAGGAUGCCCCCCUGGAGGUCACAUGGGCGACUGAUGUUCACACGCAUGCUGCACGAUUGCAACAUUGGAUCAAGCAGUGGAACCCAAAACCCAGAAUUUGGCGCAAGCGUCAUCUUUCUGAUGAUACCAAGCAGUUGAUUGAUGCAAAGAGGCAUCAUUGGAAAUGUCUCAAUGCUGCACGCCGUCAUCAUUGUCGUGGUCUGCUUCGAGAGCUCUUUGCUGCAUGGCGUCAACCCCAUCAGGUGACCCGAUCUUUUCAAGGAUGGAGACGUGACUGUGACCGUGCGUACGCAUGGCAUCUUUGGGCAUAUGAAGAUCUGGCACCAAGAGUCGUGCAGGCUGUUCGCACAGAUGACUGCAUGUUUUACGAAAGCUUGGCUGCGCAAGCAGGAUAUGAGUCCUCCAAGAAUGCCCAGUCACUCUGGAAAACCUUGCAGCCUUUACUUCCCAGGUGGAGAAGUAAGAGAAAAUCCAAUCUCAGAUGUACCGGCCCGUCCUUGGAAGACCAAUUUGCACAUUACGAUGCAUUGGAAGCUGGACAUUGUGUGCCGUAUGGCGAACUUCUUCAACAAUGCCAUGCCGCCCAACACCAGGCUUUGGAUGAUAUUCCUCUGCAAAUUUGUUUGGAAGCUUUGCCCUCACGUUUUGCCGUGGAAACAUUGGGCUGCCGCAUCAAGACAGGCAAGGCAUCAGGCAUGGACUUAGUUUCGCCAGUGGCAUUGCAGCAUGCUUGCCGCCAACAUUCUGACAUUCUCCACGCCUUCAUGAUGAAGGUGUGGAUCUUGGGCGCAGAACCCAUUCAGGGGAAGGGAGGAAUCCUCCACCCGAUUGCCAAGAAAGAGGUGAGUCAGAAAAUCGAUGGCAUGAGAGGGAUCAUGUUGAUCGACGGCAUUGGUAAGUUGGUCCACUCGCACCUGCGUGGCCAAUUCUUACCGGCCUUGGAGCAUUUCCGGCUGCCGCUUCAGUUGGGUGGCUUUAGACGGAGUUCCACGUUGUUUGCCACCAUGUAUGUGCGUGCCUUCACCCAGCUUGCGGCGCAUCAUGUGGUUUCCUCCGCCAUCAUUUUCGUGGACAUCCGAAGUGCCUUUCACUCCAUGGUCCGGCAGUUGAUAUUUGGUGGCGCUGAAACCCUGCAUCCCAAACUGAGACAAGUCUUGACCGACAAUGGCAUUGACUUGACUGUGCUAGGUACCAAAUUGGCAAAGGCGCCUCCCAUUGAUUCAGCCCCGCUACUUCAGCCAGCCGCAAGACUCAUUCGGGAUGGGCAUUGUUUUACUUGGUAUGCGCUUGGUGCUUCUGAUGCCGUUCAUCAAACAGAACGUGGAAGUCGACCUGGCAGCCCCUUAGCAGAUGUUGCUUUCAACAGCCUCAUGGCAGUUGUCUUGCAAGACUUUCAGACCCAGUUAGAUCAGUUCUUGCCGAUCCAAGCUGCAUUCUCACAUUUGGGACUUCGGGCAGCUCCGGUUGCCUGGGUGGAUGAUCUUGCCGUACCGGUUGCUGCACUCAAGGCCAAUGAUCUGGUUUCGACCAUCGCUUGGACUUUACAAACCACGAUUGAAGUCUGCGCAUCCUAUGGCCUGACUCUCAAUUUGAAGCCCCGUAAAACGGAAGUGGUGUUGGCCUUUCGUGGUCCUGAUGCGCCUGCAUGUCGUCGUGAAUGUUUGGUCGCCAAUUUUGCUCGCAUUUCUGUUCCUCCUUUGGGACAACAUGUUCGAUGCGUGCCUGUGUAUGAGCACCUUGGCACCUGUUUUCAAGCAGAUGGAAGCAUUGAUGCUGAGAUCAGAAAUCGGGUGAGCCGUGCUGGCUUAGCUUAUCGCCAGAUUACCAAGUUGAUCUUGCGCAACAGGUACAUUGGUGUUAAUGUGCGUCUUCGUCUUCUUGAUGCACUUCUCAUGCCUGUGCUUCUGCACGGUGCUGGGAAUUGGCCACUGCUCACCGCCCAACAGGUCCAACGGCUUCAUACAACGUAUUUGAAAUGGAUCCGUACGGUCGUGGGCAAUGGAUUCUGGGCGCACAAUCAAUUGUCGGAUGUUCAUCUAUUGAUGAGUUGGCAGAUGCCAUCGAUUGAACUACGUCUGGCAAAGCAUCGUCUUCUUUUUGCAUUCCAUCUUUUCAUUGAUGCCCCGACUCAGAUCAUUGAAAUGGUUACAGCCCCUGAUGAGGCAUCCUGUUCUUGGUGGAAGGCACUACGACAAGCGCUUACAUGGCUCAUUUCCAUGGAUGCCACACUCAUUGCGUUUGAUCCCAUGACGGCCUCUCGAUCCAUAUUGCUUCAAUGGUUUGCUGAUCGACGUGACGAUGGUCCUCGUUUUGUUCGCCGACUCUACAAGAGAGCAUUGCUGCAGAACAAGGUCAUUGGCGUUAUUGCACCUAUUGUUGAAACCAAACAGGAUGACAGACACUUGCGAAUGCCUGCCACCGUUAUUCCUCACGUGCUCUCGCAGAUGGAGACUCAAUGUGAGACUCGAUUGGAUGCGGAUGCCCGGUGGUUGCAGGCGUGCCGCAAUGAAGGUUUGACUGACCCGAUCGACCAUGCUUGGGUACACAACUGCAAGAUGGCCUUUGAUGCAGUUCUUCGAGAUCCAUCCUUGCAGACAUUUGUUGAUCCUGAUCCUAUCCUUUGGCGCUUGACAAACUUGGCGGAUGGUCAUGGCCUUCCUCCAGCGGCCGAGGGUCUUGGCGCGUGGGCUCUUGCUGUUUGGAUGCAUGAUGACCUUCGUUUUUCUCGAUUUGCUCAUCUCUCGGUGGAAUUUUUUGGACGCUGUUUGGAAGCCAUCAGUCAAAUUGUUUUUCAGUCACCCGUUGGUAAGCUGGUGUGCUGGCGACGCCGCAUGGAUGGUGCCUUCUGCCCGCAGAACAUUGUCGAGAAGGACGCGCAAGAUCCGGCUACCGUGCGUGUGCGGGAGGUCAUUUUGGACCCUAUUCGCGAUCAGCACUCCUUGCUUUGCUCUAUCCUUCAACGUCCUCUACAUGUACCUCUUUGCCGAGGAGUACCUGUAUGUCGAGAAGGAGAUCAGCGGAUCAUUUGGAUUUUCCACCUUUUUAGUGGGCGCAGAAGGGUGGGUGAUUGUCAUUGGUGGCUUGAGCACAUUGGGCAUCAUUUGUGGCCGGGAGUCACCAUUCGUAUGCUCUCCCUGGAUACCGCUGUCCAUCCGGAGCUGGGUAACCUGGCCAAUGGAGAGAACUAUGAAUACGUUCGACGUUUUGCACAAGGUGGCCUUAUUGCAGGUGUUCUUGCUGGCCCACCGUGUGAGACAUGGUCGGCCGCGCAGCACAUCCAGCUGGAUGAUGGAGCUGGGCCGAGGCCGCUGAGAUCGGCUGCUCUUCCAUGGAGCCUGCCUGAAUGCACAGGGCAGGAAUUAAAGCAGAGCUCUAUGGGCACACAAUUGUUGAUGAAUACCUGGACCAUUGAAGUGGCGGUGGUCACCAAUGGCGGUGGUGCUAUUAUGGAGCACCCUUGGGAACAUCAACAACAGCCUGAUUCACAAGAUGAGCGUGCCUCCGUCUGGCGCACACAGGCUCAUCAGCAAUGGCUUAUGGCCCUUCCGGAUGCGGUCCGACACUAUGUGGAGCAGUAUGAGUACGGAGCGGCCGGAGUUAAGCCUACUUGCUUGCGGGCAUUGAAUUUGGGUGCUGCACCAGUGGUGGCUACGGCGCUACGUGAAGGAGCAGAGACGUGGCGCACUCGCCCUACGGCCGCGCUUGCUGGGCGCAAUGAGCGUGGCCUCUUUCGGACAGCCGCUGCCAAGGAAUACCCCAGCGCGCUGUGCCGUAGCAUGGUAGUGGCACUCAUUCGUGGGCUUAAAGCCCGUGCCCAUUUUGAAGGGUGGCGUGAACCCGCUGCCUGCACUGCCAAGGACAAGACUUGGCUUGCUGAUGCAUGGAGUGCGUCGGCAAAGGUCACGCGAUGGUCUUUCCUGCCAGACUAUCAAGGGGCCUGA